AUAAAUAAAUAAAUAAAUAAUAAUCAAGAAAAAAAAAGAAGAAGCAAAUUAAUAACAAACAUCAAAAACAAAGUAAGAGAAGAACGCAUUGGGAACAAAAUGGUGGAAACGGUGGUUACUGUUGAGCGUACAACAACCACACAAACAGCAGCGCCCGCUAGCGGUGGUGGUCUUAGUGCAUUGAAAAUUAAUAUCGGCUAUUUCCAAACCUAUCCAGGCGCUAUCAAGCUAGUACAAUUUUUUUUGGGCAUAAUUUGUUUGGCAUGCGGAUCACCUGCCCUUCUAGCAGCAACGUCAUUCUUCUUAUUUGUUGUAGUUGUUGCAUUCAUUGCUACAUUAUUAUGGAUUUUCGCCUACUUAUUGGGCAUACGAGAGGCUCUUAAUUUGGCCGUUAAUUGGAUUUUUACGGAACUUCUUAACACCGGCAUCGUAACAAUUUUAUAUUUUAUCGCAUCUGUGGUGCAAUUGGCCAAAUGGACAGCAUAUUUCAAUAGUUAUGGUUAUGGUGCCAAUAUAGCGGCCGGUGUAUUUGGUUUAUUCAAUUUUUUGGCUUACGCUGCUGGCACUUACUUCCUGUAUCUGGAGCAUAAGAGUGGCGCUACAAUUUAGUCAAGUAAUUAAAAUAAAAUCAUUGAAAUCAGUAAACAAUGCAACGACAGCAUAAAUAAAUUUACUCGACCGCAGCACAUUAACUUUUAGAAAACCGCCACCAUAUGCACCAUCCUUAAUAAGCAAGAAGAAGAGAAAACAAUAUGUUUAAGGCGAACCAAAAAAAGUUUACCUUCAAGAUGGUUUCAUCAAUUUCACAAUAUCCGCCGGGUCGCGCGUGUAAUUAGUCAACUAAAGCUAAAGGAAAUUUAAGCAAAUUAACAAAACAAAAAUUACAAAAUAUUUACCGAUUAAGUUAUAAAAUUUAAUUUAAUAAAAAU